GUGAAAGUGAGUAUUGACAGCAGUGAGGAUAGUCUCUUCUUGUAGAUGGCUACUCUUCUGUGAGCAGAUCAGAUCGUCAGAUGGAGCUGGACUCCUCUUCACUAACCUGCCUCACGGUGCUUUGUCUGCUCGGAGCUGCAGAAGUCUCCAGCCUCGAAAACAACACUUGCUGUCCAGAUAUUCCCGAAGUGAAUAGAACUAAACGUCCCGAGGUCCCCUGCUUCAAAAUUAACAGCACAUUCCGAUACACGUGCAUAGAUGGCUAUGUGAGGAAGUCGGGAACCUCUAAUUUGCUCAAAUGCAAACCUAAUGGCAUCAUUUACACCCCCUCCACCACCUUUGAGUGUAUACUUGACCCAAAGAGAACCACAGCACACCCCAAGAGCACAGCAACAAGUAAGUCGGGACACACCCAUAUCCGUAUCCCCCAUGAAUCCACCGCUUCCUCCAUAGUCACUUCCCGCAGUCUUCAGACCAGCCAGAGUAUACAGCCGUCAGACACCCUGCGUGCAGAGCCCACCUCCAGCUCCACCUUUAACUCUCCUGCCCCGCCCGGAUCCUCCCAGGGGGCGGUAGAUUCCAUGCCAGGGACCAAAGCAUCCACAUCGCACGGCACACUUUCCACCACGACUGAGGCGUCCGACAACGGGACAAUUAUUCCGGGAAUGCUCUCCUCCACGGCCCCCAGACUUGUGAUUGGCUGUGUUUCACUGGUGAUUUUCUGUGCUUUGGUGGGAAUCAGCUUCUUUUUCUAUAAAAGGAGGUCCAAAAACGAGAUCCCUCAGCAGACCGAUGAACAGAUACCCAUGAAAACGGAUCCACGUGACUGACAGGAGAAUGGGUUAUUAGACUGUGUAAAUCACAUAUAAUGGCUGGCUGCAUGACAUUUGUUGUAUGAAGUUAAACUGACUUUUUAAUGAGCAGAUCUCAACCAAAGAUUUGAUCUUCAUCUGAGGAACUUUAAUUGUUGAAGACUGUGAUCUUCUGCAGCUACAAGAUGUAGAUGUAUGUUGCUGAUAUUGUCUUCAAAUCCCAGGAAAUUACAAAAAUAAGCAAUUAAUCAAUUCCCAACUACAGGUAUGGUGUGUAUAGAUCUUAGUGCCUUGUGCCAGAGUUCCAUUGUUCUGUAGAAAUGAUUGAAACACAUAAGUGGGCCGCACCAAUAAACAAUGAUCACAUUAGCAUCUAAAAAAGGCCCUUACCAAACUACAUUUCACAAAAGAAAAACCUUGCUUAAAACCGCAGUUCCCAGUGGUUUAUGGGAAGCAUUCAGCCAUUUUCUAAAGACAGAGAAGAAGGUAGGGAACCAACUUGUCCUUCACCCCAUGAUCUGGGAGUCAGCACUGCAGGCUAAGAAGCUACCCAAAGGCCAAAAUGCUAACUACGAUAGGCUAUAUUUAUGGCCCAAAGUAAGAUGUGCCUUUAUUUUGAUAUUCAUAUCUGUGGUCAUCCGAGUAAGUACACUGUCAAGUAAUAUCUGAGUAGCUUUUUAUGAGCUUGUAGAAAUGUAAUUGUGUUGAAUGAGCAUAUGAUAUUGCCUCAGGUCACUGAAUCCUAUCGAAACCGUAUUGUGGCAUACUUUGUUAUAUCAGCAAAUAUGGUAUCAUAGUCCAAUAAAUAGAUUUAUAGCUUCAAGAUUAACUCGUGAUUUACUCUCCAACUAUUUAGCAAACGUAGCUUACGGAACGCCUAUAUUUCUUCAUCUCUUAUCUGUUUUACUCAUCUGAAAUGCUAAGCCUGAUGUUAUUUGUGUAGCGGUUGUACUGAACCAUGCACUGAACAAAGACUGUCAGCAACCUACAGAGCAUUAUCACUUAAAAAUAUGGUCCAUCCAUUACAGGACAAAGUUUAUCUUAUUUCUGAGAUUUUUGCAGCCACUUUGGUACAAUGAAAUGAACAGAAUAUUUGUUUCCUCUAAGAGCACCAAAGCAUUACAUGAAAAACACAACAGCAGGUUCAGGUCUGGGAAUGAAUAGUGGGAAAGUAAACAAUUCCUAUAUCAUAAAAAUAAAGCUGUUAACACUUAUUUAAUCUCACUCUAAAGCUUUUUCUUUAUGCCUCCAUGUAAAAUGUGCAAUCUAAAAUAUUCAGCUUUGUUGCUAUGCUUAUGAACUUUUCUUUUUCAUACAAGUGUUUCCUUAAAGUUUUGUUGAUCAGAAAAAAGUCCUCUUAUCAGAGCAGCUUUAAUUAUUUAGAUGAUUGUUGUGUUCCUGUAUCUCUUGUUGUGCUGCUCUGUGCAUUUAUAUAAUCAUUAAAGUAUUUCUUUUUAAAAAA